CCACUCGGAAAUGAUUAUAUUCAUACUUUCAACGUUGCAUAGUUUUUCAAAGUAAGAGGUUAAUAGCCAUUAGCUUGCUAGCAUGACUCAGUGGAUUUGUAGAAGUGAUACUUUUGUGGCCCGGUGUUUGUGAGGAAGCAGCCGAGGACCUCUUCUUAGGUCAGCUUACAGGUGGCAGACAUCACUAUGGCCCAAGAGACCAAUCAGAGCCCAGUUCCUAUGCUUUGUCCAACUGGCUGUGGUUUCUAUGGCAACCCUAGAACUAAUGGCAUGUGCUCUGUGUGCCACAAGGAGCACCUGUCAAGACAGAACAAUGGAGGAGUCAGUUCUCUGAGUGCUGUGGGCAGCAGCAGUGGUCCCACAGCUGAGGCCUCAGCCAUCCAGAGGUUAGAGGCCACUCUGAAUAAUGCUGCAGCUGCUGCAGAGGAGGCAGCUGAGGCUGCUGCCUCUGAGGCUCUCAGUGGGAUUUCAGCAGCCAUUUCUGUAACACAACAGAUGACUGAGCUGAGUCUCUCCUGUGAGGAGAAAGCAGCAUCAGGGAGCAAAGUAGAGCUCACAGAACCAGUGUUGAAUCAGCCCACAUCCUCAGCAUCCCAUCCCUCCACUGCUGGCAGUGAGGACCACAAAGCCCCAGAGCCCCCAAAACCCAAAAAGAAUCGCUGCUUUAUGUGCCGCAAAAAGGUUGGCCUUACAGGUUUUGACUGCCGUUGUGGGAAUCUGUUCUGUGGACUUCACCGUUACUCCGAUAAGCAUAACUGUCCGUACGACUACAAAGCUGAAGCUGCUGACAAGAUUCGCAAAGAGAACCCUGUGGUUGUUGCCGACAAGAUCCAGAGAAUAUGAAAAGAACUCUCAGCUUGACUUUGAAUACUGGGAGUGAUGGGCUUUUAAAAAGAAUGGACUUGAGCCCAACCUUCUUGUUGAAGGACCCGUUUUUUCCUUGUUGUUUGUCACACAUAAAGGAUUUUCUCUCCAGUGCAUGAAAGUUCACGUAUAUUUUCAGCUUUUCAUUCUUGUUGUGUGUAAGUUUAACACUUUUGGCAGGUUGUAUUGAACAAAGUGUUUAGGUGAGGUGGAUCUAUAUUGGUGACUGGGGGGGUGAGAGGGGCUUGCUGACAAGUUACUGCUAUUUUAGAAAAUGCUGUCACUGGCUGCCCAGUCUGUGCUAUGAUCCCCGAGAUUGCUUCAACUAUGGAUGGAAAGAGCACCCGGGCCUGUUUGGACUCUCAGACUGUUACUGCUGAUGGCACCGUGUUGGCUGUGCUUGCUCUCUGCUGGCUUGAGUAGCAAAGUGGAUGUUGUCAAUUUUUUUCUUUUUUUUGGCCAGAGUUUAACCCUUCAUACCUGUCAGAUUUGCCGUCCUGGUUUUUAAUCAAGCUGAAAUGCUUCUUUGUGCCGCUGGAUUAUCGUUCACUCUGGUCCCCCAUUGUCGCACAGCUACUCAGACUUAUAGCAAAGAGACUCUGAAGAAGAGACUGCUUGCUCAUAUUCCUUCCAUCCUGCUGUGUGUGCGGCACGAGAAAUGCAACUUAGUUUGACAGUUUAUUUCCUUUUCUCUCCUGUUGAUCUUGGCUGAAUGCUGUGACCUGCUCUGCCUGGGAUGUGGAUGGCAGGCAUGUGGACUUACUGCUUUUUAUGUCUUUGUAACCAUCCACUGAAGUCACGUUUGUUUUUGUUUUUUUGUUUGUUUUGUUUUAUUGUUGUUUUUGUUUUUUCUGUUUUCAAGAAAACAAGUGUGUAUGCUGUGUAAGAUAAGUUGCCUGAAUUGAUAUUAAUUUCUGCCUUUGGAUGGGUUUAGCUCCACUAAUAUGUUCAUCUUUUACUUCACUAAUGAAUGUUUUCCUCAAUUUUUAAUGUGAGCUGACAGAUUCACAUCAUUGGGAGUGUUGGACUGUUACUGUGUAUCAAACCCAAGUGUGUGCUUUUGUGGGAGUAGAUGGAUGAGAAGUGGUGUGUGUGUGCAUGCCACGGUGAACUAUUGACACUUGUGGUUGUAGGUUAUUAAUAAUUUUCAUUUUUUGUUGUGGGUUUUUUUUUGGGUCUGACCUGUUUGUUUUAGUUUUUUACCCUUUAGUUAUGCAAGUUUGUACAAACAUCUUUAUUUAUAUACUGCAAUGCGCGUAACCCUCCUAUAAAACAGAAUAAAUUGUAUGAUGUGAAUAAUUUAUGUUCACAAAUCUAAA